CUCAAGCUUAUUUUUUUGUGAACCAUCUGCUUAUUUCUCUGUAGUAGUACUGUAGCAUACCGAUAGCCCUAUUUAAUUACCUGUUUGCGUCUCAUUUGCUUGCAAGGUAUGAAUCAAAUAUUGUUUACAAAUCUGUUAUUAAUUUGAAAAAAUGGAAUGAAUAUAAAUUAUAAAAUUACACCAGUCAAGUCAUAUUGAUGAAUCUGCAAGACUGAACAGACUUUUGGUGAAAGAGGAGAAAAUGGUGGUUGCAUUUGAAGAUAAAUUAGCACCUGUGAAGAAGCGCCCAAGGCUUUCAUUAAAAUCCAACAGGAAGAACACACCAGCUGCUGGUUGUGUGCCAAGCACAGCAGAUGAAGCUAACAAAUGCCUUUAUGGUGAACCUAAGCUACAAUCUAUAAAUGAGGAAGAAUGUAAUGGUAUUGGUGAUAUAGAUGAAGAUGUACAACAAGAAGUAUCAAGAGAAAGUGAGAGUUGUAUACCUGUUGAAGAAUCACUAGUACCUCCAGUAGCAUCGCUUGUAAAUUUAGGUAACACAUGCUUUCUGAAUAGUGUAUUACAAGUGUUAAGAUAUACACCAAGGUUUAUGACAUGUCUAAUAGAUCUGUUUAAGAAUAUUGUUGUAGUGGAAAAGGCUGCAAAAGAGAAACUUUUAAAAGAAGGCCCACCAGAUGAAGAAUCUGAAACUAAUGAAGAUGGGAAACUGUCUAUGGAAUUGGUCAAAUGUUUAUAUCAGCUGUACAAAGAUAUGGAGAGACAUGAAGAUAGAUAUUCAGAAAUGGCUAGUGCUGAUGUUAGUAGUAUGGCAGUUAAACCAAAUAAAAUACUGGAUAUUAUCAGGGAAUUUAACCCAAUGUUUGAGGGUAAUUUUCAACAUGAUGCUCAGGAACUUCUUCGGUGUCUUUUGUGUUACCUUGCCGAUGCUGAAAAAGCCUGGAGCAAAAAACAUGAGGAGGUGAAAUCUUACAUUCCUGUAGCAAAACCACAACCAAAGAUGAACCACAUAAUGAAACAGUUUCUGACAGCCUGUGAGAAACCGAAAAUUAAAAGUGAACCCAAAACGCCUAACAAAGAUUUAUUAGAUGAAAUUCAUACAAUUGGAGAAAUCAAAACAGAAAAUGGUGACAUUAAACCAUUGGAGGGUAAUUUAAUGAAAAAAACUAAUGGCAGUAUGCCAGAUGUUGAAUUAAAGAAAGAUGGGGUGGAAGAACUUGUCAGAAGAAGAGGAAGACCAAGCAAAAAGAAGAGGAAAUUAGAGAUUCCACUCAGUACAAAGGAACCCAACCAUAACCCAUCAUUGAAGUCAGACAGCAGUCAACCAGGAAUUAGCACCAUGUUUUCCAAAAGUGAACAACCCCGUAGGAGACUUGGAAUGCAGCGAGUGGUUGUUCGGCCGAGUACCAACCCAACACAACUACCUCAAACUAAUCUUACUGAUAUCAACAACAACGAAGACCUCAAUCAUGAUCAUAAUAAUAACGAGAAUGCUUUACCUAGUCGAAAUAUGUUACGAUGUAGGUCAUACGAGGCGUUACCAAAUCCGAGUAAAUCUUAUCUUGUUUCUCCCAUGAACAGAUGCUGUAAAACUAAACGGCUUCAACUGAAACUAGAAAAGUGCGACAGUGUGUGCAACAGUCCUCUUAAGAGUGUCAAUGCCACCCAUGCCAUGAAGAGCUUGAAUUCUAUGAAAGAAAUGAAUAAUUUGUCUCCAAUUGCGAAUUGUCAAAUUCAAGUAAACGGGAAAGAUUUAAUAGGAAGCCUUAACCCAGGUAGCGCUAAAAGAAAGAUGUGUUUUAAUGAUGAUGAAGAAAAUCCGAUUGAUUCCAUUACAAAUGCAAUAUCUGAGACUUUCUCUCUUAAACCUCAUUCUAAAACAAUAGAACUGAGUCCUUCUACAUCUAAGACCAACGGGUGUUUCUCAAAAUCACCAUUACCAAUUAUACAAUCCCCCAGGAAUCGACGCAGUGCCACUCCAGACAAUACACCCACCAAGUGGAGCCGAUGUGAACGUGCCCGAAGCCAAUCGCCAAAUAUUUUGUCUGUUUCUCCAAGAAGACAGUCGCCGAGAUUAAACAAAAAAUUGCAAGAUUCUGCCUCACUGUCAACGUCAUCAGAAUUAUAUAUGAAAGUUUCUCCUGGAAUGUCAUCACUUGCCAAACGUAAAGUUAAUUUCAGUGAAAACCCAGCGUCUUGUGCUCAUAAAAUGUCUAUGAGACCAUGUGUAAGCCCAUUACGUUCCCCUAAGAAGAGCCCAGGAAAAGAAAAGGGAACUAACUGUGAUUUUGUAGAAAAAUUAUUUCAAGGGACAAUGAUGUUAAAGACUAAAUGUAUGGAGUGUGAAUUUGCUAAAGAAAGACAAGAAGAUUUUCAAGAUGUCAGUGUUCCUUUAAGAAGAGAAAAAGAGGAUGUUGAUUCUGAUGAGGAUGAAACAGAUAAAGAUGGUGUUGAUGACUCCUGUUUGUCCAAGUUAAUGUCCGCUUUUUCUGAAGUAGAGAGAUUAAGGGAAGAUAAUAAAUAUUUUUGUGAGAAUUGUUUUCGAUACGUAGAAGCAGAGAGAUCUCUACAUUAUGAAGUUCUACCUGAUGUCCUUACAUUACAUUUAAAACGUUUCUCUGCCUCAGACAGGUUGUUUGGUAAUUUAUGUAAAAUAAAUGAUCAUAUAUCUAUACCAUUAACACUACCAUGUUUACAGUAUCAAUGUCCUAGAUCUUGUCGUAAACCUAAUCAUACGUACUCUUUGUAUGGUAUUGUUACACAUGCUGGUACAACUAUUACAUCUGGUCAUUAUCUUUCUUAUGUAAAGGUGAGGUCAAAUGACAUGGAUAAUAUCAAAAUGUAUUCUGACGGACCAAAUUCUCACUUAAUGGACCAUUCCUCCAAACACAGUGUAGCAUGGUAUGAGUGUGAUGAUGAAGCCAUUCGCAUCUUUAGUGAUGAAGAAUUUCGAGAAAAAUUAACCGGAAAAGAGGCAUCAUUAAUGGGAACUCCUUAUGUUUUAUUUUAUCAACGUCAAAGUAUGAAAGUCUGAAUAAGGCCACAUACAAAAUACAAAUAAUAUUCUUGUUCUCAAUAUAAUCCCUUGUCCCUUAAAUUACCACAUGUAAUUGUUUUAGCCCUAACUGGAAGUAAAAAAAUAUUCAUGAAUCCAAAAAUUGUGUUGUAGGCUUAUUUAUCAAGUAUAAUAAUGUUGUUGACAAUCGUAAAUGAUACUGGAUAAUCAUAUAUUCCUAUGAAUAACAUGAUAAUCUUGAAAUGUGAAGUCUUUUAGCCCAGUUGUGAUCAUUUGACAAAAUAAACAUACAGAAAUAAAAACCACUGUCUCCCAUCAGAUUUUUUAUUAAGGAUUGUCUGAGGAUCAGAAUAUGUAUUUUGUGUGGCCUAAUAGUUAUUUUUGGUCACAAACUCUUUUUAAUAGCAUGCAAAACAUGCACAUUACUGUUUAAAAUGUACACAUUUUAUAAUAAUAAAUAGACAAAAUCAAAUUACAAGUGAUCGAAUAUAAUUGUCAAUAAAAAUGUACAAUUCUGUAAAUAUUUUUUCUUGUGUGUGUACUUUAGUCUUCCGUUGUUAUAUUUGUAAUAAAUAUAAAACAUGAUACUUAUUCUUUUUAUACAUCCACAUGAAAAUGUAUAUUGUUGUUGCCCCUGGACGUCCAGUCAGUCAGGCAGUCUGUCCAUCCACAAAUUGUUUGUGUACACUGUACAGUUCACAAUUUUUAUUUGAUUUUGACGAAACUUGAAAUAUAGGUUUAUCUCCCCAAGAUUACAGUUCCUUUCGAUCGAACCGUAACUUCAUGGAUUAUGGUCCCUGAUCAUGUUUUUAGCUUUUGGACACUCUAGAUGUCACAAAUUUUAUCCAAUUGUGAUGAAACUCAAAAUGUAGGUUAAGAACCCACAAAUCAUGAUUCCUUUCGAUAUUUGUGCAUAUCGGGUUGUAAUUUCCUACCACAAAUUGUGUUUUUAGUUUGUGGCCCAUCUAGAGCUCAAUAUUUUUGUCCGAUUUAAAAAAAAAACAUUUAAAUAUAUCACUGUAACUCCAUAAGGCCAGUUGAGUUAGAAUUUUGUGAAAAUCGGACCAAAACUGCCCAACAAAAUGGCCACUCCUUGUCACAAAUAGUGUAAAGGCAUGUAAUACCAAGGGCUUCCACUUCGAAAUUUCCCCAGCUUAGAGGUCACAACUUAAACCGAUUUUCUUGAAACUUGAAAUGUUUGUUUAUAUCCCAAGAUUUUGGUUCCUGACAAUAAUUGUGCAUAUCGGAAUGUUACUUCCUGGAUUAUGGACCCUGAUUAUACAAAAAAUCGUGUUUUUAGUUUGUGGUCCCUCUACAUAGAGGGCCUUGCAAAUGACAAAAUGUGUCUUGUUGUUCAAAUGGGACGCAAAACCGAAGUCUAUCCAUGUACAAUUUUCCCUCAUACCACACUGACAUUGGUAUGUUUUAUAGCAUUGCUACAAAAACUCCUUCGGUAUUUUUUUCAUAGUAUUGCUACAAAAAUAUCUUUUGGCAAAUUUCAUAUUUUUGAUACAAAAAAAUAGAUAAUUUCUUAUAUUUUUUAGUAUCACUACAAAAGAUAUUUGGAGUAUCACUACAAAAGAUAUUUGGGAAGUUUUAUAGUAUUGCUACAAAAAUCAUUUGGUAUGUUCUGUGGUAUUGUUACCAAAAAAAAACAUUUAGUAUACUCAGAAAUAUUUUUUGAUAAGCGUCAUAUAUAGUAUUGCUAUUAAAUAAUCACUUGGGAUGUUUUAUAGCAUCAUUACAAAAAAACCUUUAGUAUUUAUCACUACAAACCCUUAUUAUGGUUAAGUGUAUAUUAUUAUUACAAAUUCAUUUGUUAUCUUUUAUGGUAUUGCUACAAAUAAACCCUUAUUUAGUUAAUAGUUUUAUAGUAUUGCUACAAAAAAAUCUGUUGAUGUGUUUUAUAGUAUUGCUACAAAAAAAUAUAUUUUUAAGAAUUAAUAAAUAAAUGUAUGGUGUAUUAUAGAAGAAAGACAUAGGUACUAGUUGAUGUAUUAUUUAGCCAAGCAUGGUCUAAUUCUGAUUAUUUUAUUUUAAUGAUUUACUACAUAUUAAAUUAUUGCUUUCUUUUAUAUUUACUCCUAUUGAUGAAUUUUUUAGUUGAUAUCUGCAUACUAAUUAGUUUACUUUUAUUUAUUUUUCAUAGUUGUAUACUUAUUAGUUAUUACUUAUCUGAUUUGUAAUUUAUGCUUUGUUUAUUUGAAUUAAUAUAUAAUUUACCUGAAUUAACAUGCAUGUAUAUGUAUACACUAAAUAGUACCCAUAUUAUGUUGUUGUUUUUUUU